UCCCCUCAUCUCCUUUCCUUUCCUCUCAUUUCCUUAUUCACCAUCAGUGAAAAUGCUCUCCCAAGCUGACUGGAGCAUGAAGCAGCCAAUCAGCAGCCUGCCUCCCUGCUUUGUCAUCAGCCCGUGAUUGAGGAACGGCUCCUGCUCUCUGUUUGGAAGGGAGAUAAAAUGCCAGGUCUGGAUUUAGACAGCAGCAUCUGAGGAUAACUGAAGCUCUGCGUUGCCUUAUUAUGGAAAUAAGGAAAACUCUUUAAGCUAGGGGCAAGAAACAUCUAAUUCACCAUCAAGGCUCAGGGAGGAGAACAAUUAGAAACUCCACCUUUUUCUAAUUUCUGCUUUGGUGUUGUUGUUUUCUAUCUAGUGGGAAUGUAACCCCCGUUAAUCCAUCUCUGGUGCUGGGGCUUCAAUCCAUCAUUGCUAUUUUUGUCAAUUCGCAAGAGGUGCUUGUUGGAAUAUCAAACCUCCAUGUAUGAUAAUUUGUACCUACAUGGAUUCGAAGACUCUGAGGCGGGUUCAGCUGACUCCUACACUAGCCGACCAUCGGACUCAGAUGUCUCCCUGGAGGAGGAGCCGGCAGGCGGCAAGCUGGAGAAGGAGCAGCAGGCUGCUGUACAGCUGGAGAGGGCCAAGGCCAAAGCGGUGGCCUUUGCUGUGAAGACUAACGUCAGUUUCUGUGGAGCCCUGGAUGAGGAUGUCCCUGUGGCAGGAACCGCCAUCUCCUUCGAUGCCAAGGACUUUCUGCACAUUAAAGAGAAGUACAGUAAUGACUGGUGGAUCGGCCGGCUGGUGAAGGAGGGCUGUGAGAUCGGAUUCAUCCCCAGCCCUCUGAAACUAGAGAACAUCCGUCUACAGCAGGAGCAGAAGAGAGGUACCCGCUCUUACGGUAAGUCCAGUGGGAAUUCCUCCUCCAGUCUAGGAGACAUGGUUUCAGGCGGGUUCAAACCCAAUCCUCCCUCUGUAGGAAAACAGAAGCAGAAAGUGACUGAACACAUCCCUCCCUAUGACGUGGUCCCCUCCAUGAGACCAGUGGUCCUGGUAGGACCGUCCCUGAAGGGAUAUGAGGUGACAGACAUGAUGCAGAAAGCGCUCUUUGACUUCCUGAAGCACAGGUUCGAUGGCAGGAUAUCUAUUACGAGAGUAACAGCAGACAUAGCUCUGGCCAAGAGGUCAGUGCUCAACAACCCAAGCAAGCGGGCCAUCAUCGAAAGAUCCAACACCAGGUCCAACCUAGCGGAGGUUCAGAGUGAGAUUGAGAGGAUAUUUGAGCUGGCCAGAUCCUUACAGCUGGUAGUCCUGGAUGCUGACACAAUCAACCAUCCGACCCAGCUCAUAAAGACGUCCUUAGCACCUAUCAUCGUCCAUGUUAAAGUGUCCUCUCCUAAAGUUCUGCAGCGGCUGAUCAAGUCGAGAGGGAAAUCCCAGAGCAAACACUUGAACGUACAGCUGGUGGCAGCAGAUAAACUAGCACAGUGCCCUCCGGAAAUGUUCGACAUAAUUCUGGAUGAGAAUCAGCUGGAGGAUGCGUGUGAGCACCUGGCAGAGUACCUGGAGGCCUACUGGAGGGCCACUCACACCUCCCUGACCACCCCUCUCAACCCUCUGCUGGGCCGCAACCUGGGAUCCACCGCCCUCUCUCCGUACCCCACAGCUAUAACUGGGCUGGUCAACCAACCGGUCCAAAGAAACACAAACAGGAACAGCAAUCACACAGCAGGAGAACACUCGCCCUCAGACGAGAACUACCACAACGAGCGGCAGAGGAAGAGCCGUAACCGCCUGUCCUCCGGCUCGCAGCACAGCCGGGACCAGGUUCACUACCCCCUGGUGGAGGAGGACUAUCAUGACCCCUAUCAGGACACGUACAAGCCCCACCGCAACCGUAACGGCUCCCCCGGAGGCUACAGCGAUGACUCCAGGCACAGGCUUUGAGCUGAAGACCCCCUAAUGUCACAUAGGCCUCUCUUCCCUUCACAGUGGGUACGACAGAGCCACACGACCACUCUCUAGUUUAAUUGUACUGUAACAACCUUUUUUUAAAUAAAGUGUUAGUACCUCGCUUUUCCUCUGGCACUGGUUCACGCUGAAAUCGUGAACAUUGACAAACUAAAAAUCUAAUCUCUGUCCUUUUCUUGUGACUAAAAAUAGGAUGAGGAGCAGAUUUCCACCAUGUUUUUUUUUCUAAGGGAAGGCCCAACGCUGGGCUUGUCUUCUUAUUUUUAACAUGGCAGAGACUUGACAUGGCGGGGUGGAAGGGAUGACCAUGUGGUCUGGCCACCACAGCUAGCAGGGCUAGAUGUCGUGGUGGUCAUGGUGACCCAUCAUCACCUGUCUCCAACCAGUGCCAGACAGCAUCAAGCGUCCCUCGAUCAACACAGAACUUCUUUGCACAUUUCCAGGAGCCAAUAGCAGCAGAGUCAGUGCACUGUAUAUUUAAUUAAUGUCACUAAGUUGUUUGAAAUUGUCUUGGAUUUGAGUGUUUCCAGUCCUGUAGCCUACAACCUGUUUCGCAGAGUAGGCAAAGUAACUGUUUGUACACAUUUUGAGUGAUUCUUUUUUUAGGGGGGUCCUGAAUCGGAAUCUUCUAGUUUCAAGGACUUCUAUCCCCUUCUUCUCCUCAAUAAUACUUAGCUAAUGCCAUUUGCGAUGUGCGGCACAGGACAAGAAAUCACACUUUUCUAAUAGAAAUUUGCGAAGUAAAGUAAGUGAGUUGCAAUUUUCAUAUCUUGUGCUCUUUCAGGAAAGGGUGCAUCCCUUCGUUAUAUACAGUACCUUAAUGCUCUAGUGUGAGGACUAUGCCUAUCAGUUUUUAGUAUGCUGCAACCAAGAGGAAAUAGCCUAAUUCAAGUUUUACCAUUAGUACUCAUGACUAGGAAUCAAAUAUACAGUAGAGAGGGAUGAUAUGCCCAUUGCGCUUAAUUUGAACUGUUUAAAUGGGUUUCAUAAUUUACUAAUGAUCAAAGGAUAGGCUUUAGUGAAGAUGGAUAUACUUCUAAUCAGGGAAAUAUUGAUCAUUUGAUUGAUCUAUACCACAUUCCAUUUACUGUACAAGCAGCCUAUUAUAGUUAUGCCAUUUGCAUCAUAUUUUAUUGUAUUUUUAACGGUCUUGUAAGUUCAAGUGUAAUAUAUUCAAAGAAAGUCCUGCUUGGCAAGUAAAGAAAGAACGGCUGUCAGUGGACCAAAGUUUCAUUGGUUUAGAAUGAUCAAUGGCAGCAUGUCUUUUUGUCAAUAUACAGUAUGUCAUGGAAUAAUGAUCCAGUGCUGUUAUGUAUGUGUUAUGCCAGAACAAUCCGUAGGACACUGUAGUUGAGUGAGUGACUGUUGUUUAGGACACUCAUUUAAACAAUGAAUUUAGUCAACAGUAACACAUAAGCGGAUGAGAGCGCUUCAUUCAGUCUGCUGUGAAGUUAUAUUGUUGAUUUUAUGAAACAAAAUAAAUUGUGAGUCUGACGUCAAACAUUUGGUCAUAAUUACUAUGUAAAGCGCUUUGAGUGUCUAGAAAGGCGAUAUAUAAGUCAAAUCAAUUAAUUGUAAUUAUUUGCCAACCAUCAGCUAUUCUUUUCAAUGCCCUGUUUAAAAGUCUUCCAUGAACUGGCCGUUAAAAAUAAAUGAUGUUGUUUUUCAAAGAACUAUUUUACUUUCCCAAGCAUUGCAUAUCAAAACACCAUGACAAAUGAAUUGUUCAAAGCCUUAUUGCUUAACCCAGGCCUUGUGUUAAACUCAUUUCUCUUUUCAAUUUUUUUUGGUACUGUGGCAAUGGAGUGGCUUCUCUCCUAACCUUAUACAGAUCCUCAAAAUGUAGCAUUUUAGUUAAGAGUUUUUAGGGUCUAAAUGGUUAGGGAAAAUUAUAGAAGUUUAGUCAUAUGAAGAGAGUGUGAAGGGUACAGACUGGGGAGUUGGUGGAUAAAAGUUAAUGUCAGAGAAUGUAUCUCUGUAUGCUACGAGUUGUGUAUAGAGCACUAAUAGAGGGUAUGCAUCAGAAACCCCCAACCAAACAAAUCACAACAUAUAUUUAAUUUGUUUUCUUCGAAUACCUUCUUCUGUUGCCACGAUAGCUUGAUUUCCGUUAGUGCUGUAUUCUAUAAAGGCAUGCUGGUAAAGAGAAAAAACAAGACAACUAAUCUAGAGAAAAAAAUGAAUAAUUGACUAUGCAAAUGUUUACAGUGCUGCAUGCUGAUGCUUUUCUUCCCUCGGCUACUUAGCGGCUUCAUUGGAGUUCAAUGAGAUUGUUUCUUGUUAUUUUUGUGAAAUAUGACAUUCAAAAUGGAAAUGCAAAACUGCAUGACUAAUACAACAUUUUAAUUCGUCAAGAAGAAAGAGAAAUAUGUUUUAGCGGAAAUUGAUGUAAAAUGAGAACUAGCUCUAGAUGCAUUAAAAAUGAACUGUUUUAUCUAAUAAAUUCAGAGCUCUGUUAUAA